AUGGUCAUCGUCGACCACCACGAGUAUCUCUGCGAGGAGGAGAAGCGCCUCAAGGAAGACCGCGAGCGUACCAAAUACUGGAAGAAGUGGGGGCCCUACGUCGCCGAGCGCCAGUGGGCGACGGUGAGAGAAGACUACUCAGAGAACGGCGAUGCCUGGAGCCAUUUCUCGCACGAUCAGGCACGGUCCAGGGCCUAUCGAUGGGGCGAGGAUGGCAUUGCGGGUGUAUCGGACACGCAUGGCCUGCAGAACAUUGCCUUUGCCUUCUGGAACGAGCAGGAUGACUAUUUGAAAGAGCGCUUGUUUGGGUUGAGUAAUCCGCAGGGAAACCAUGGCGAGAGCAUCAAAGAAGCACAUUUCCACCUGGACAACACGCCAACGCAUUCUUACAUGAAGUACCUCUACAAGUUGCCCCAGCGGAAAUUCCCUUACGAAGAGCUCGUAGAGGAGAAUGCCAAGCGGAGCAGGAACGAGAAGGAGUACAAUCUCAUCGACACUGAUGCAUUCAAGGAUGACCGCUAUUUCGACAUCUUCAUCGAGACUGCCAAGGACACGGAUGACCCUGAAGAGCUGCUGUUUCGAGUCACGGCCUACAACCGCGGUCCGGAGGCGGCACCUUUGCAUAUUAUCCCUCACAUGUGGUUCAGAAAUACUUGGACAUGGGGCCGUGAAGACGAGAAGCUAAAACCUCAGAUUCGCCUUGUGGGACCCAUGACAGCACAGUCGAAACAUCACUCGCUGGGUACGAGGUUCUUCCAGCUCUCGCCCUCACCUGGUUGCGGACCCGAAGCAGAGGAUAUUCAGCCUCAGGUCGUGUUCACCGAGAACGACACCAACACCGAUCGGUUGUAUCAACAGAAGAACAAGCAGCCAUACGUGAAGGAUGCAUUCCACCGAUGGAUUGUGGACGAGGAGAAGGGCGCCAUCAACCCGCGUUGUACGGGCACAAAGUGUGCGGCGUGGUACGACUUUGGCCGUGGCGACGGUGUGCCUCCUGGACAGUGUGCCGUUGUUCGUUUUCGCCUUUCGAAGAAAUUCGACGGCUACCUUAACGAGGAGCUGCUCGACGACAUCAUCGAGAUGCGGAGAGAGGAGGCCGACGACUUUUACCACCGCAUUAGUCCUCUACCCAUGGCCGAAGAUCUCCGCAACAUUCAGCGCCAGGCUUUCUCCGGCAUGCUUUGGUGUAAACAGCAUUACUACUUUAUUUGGGAUCAGUGGGCUCAUGGUGACCCGAAUAUGCCUCCUCCACCAGAAGGACGUUUUGCGGUCCGCAACUCGCAGUGGAAACACAUGUUUCUCGACGACAUCCUCUCCAUGCCCGACUCUUGGGAGUAUCCUUUCUUCGCUGCUUGGGACACUGCUUUUCACUGUAUUCCACUUGCCAUGAUCGACCCAGAGUUUGCCAAGAAGCAACUCGAUUUGAUGACUCGAGAAUGGUACAUGCACCCCAAUGGGCAGCUACCAGCGUAUGAAUGGAACUUUGGCGACGUCAACCCGCCCGUACAUGCUUGGUCUGUCUUCCGUACUUUCAAGAUCGAGCGCAAGAUGUACGGCCGGCAAGAUCUCGACUUCCUGGAGCGCGUUUUCCAGAAGCUGUUACUCAACUUUACGUGGUGGGUGAACCGUAAGGAUUUCGAUGGGAAGAACGUCUUUGAGGGUGGCUUCCUCGGUCUAGACAAUAUUGGCCUCUUCAAUCGCUCCGAGCCUCUACCUACUGGAGGUGUACUGGAACAAGCCGACUCGACAGGCUGGAUGGCCUUCUACUGCUUGUGCAUGCUGAACAUCUCGCUUGAGCUGGCAAAGCACCGGCGGACCUACGAAGACAUCGCUUCCAAGUUCUUCGAGCAUUUCAUCUUGAUCUCGGACGCCAUGUCCUUCCGCGCCGGACGUGGUCAGGAUGCUCAAGAGCAAUCGCUGUGGAACGACGAUGACGGAUUCUACUACGAUGCCAUCUCAUGGGGCGGACCUUGGCAGCAGCAGCUACCCGUCCGCUCGCUGGUUGGCCUAAUACCCCUCUACGCGGUGUCGACCCUUGAACCUGAACUGAUCGCGAAAUUCCCCAACUUCAAGCGUCGGAUGGACUGGUUCAUCGCCAAUCGCCAUGACGUUGCCGAACGCAACAUUGCCUCUAUGCGCAAGCGCGGCAAAGGCGAAAGGCUGCUCUUGUCCCUCGUCAGCAAAGACCGGCUUGAGAAGAUUCUCCGCCGCAUGCUGGAUGAGACAGAGUUUCUCGCCGAUCACGGCGUCCGCUCGCUGUCCAAAUACCAUGAGGACAAACCUUUCUCUAUGGAUGUCAAUGGUCAACAAUUUCGUGUUGCGUACAUCCCUGGCGACUCUGAUUCGGGCAUGUUUGGUGGCAAUAGCAACUGGCGCGGCCCAAUCUGGAUCGCUGUCAACUUCUUGCUAGUCGAGUCGCUCCUGCGCUUCUACAUGUUCUACGGCACCUCCUUCCAAGUCGAAUGCCCGACAGGCUCCGGCGAGUACAUGCAUCUAGGGCGUGUGGCCGAAGAACUGCAACAUCGUCUGCAGCACCUGAUGGCGCGUGAUAAUGAGGGUCGUCGUGCUAUCAACAAUGGCAACGACAAGCUCGACUUUGACGAGCACUGGAAGGACUAUCUGCACUUCUACGAGUUCUUCGAUGGCGACACGGGCCGUGGGUUGGGCGCCAGCCAUCAAUGCGGCUGGACGGGUCUUAUGGCUAAGAUGAUCCAUGAUACGGGUGUCAACUGUCGCCUGCCCAUGACGCCGCGAACGCCCAGUACAGCGGCCGCGCAUUACUUCGACGACAUCCUAAGUCGGAACCCCAAGGGUAGCUUGACGCGUCGCAAGAGCAGUCUGGCGUCAACGCCAGGCCCAGGCCGCAUGCGCCGUAGCAGCACAAGCAGGAGCAUCGGUAACCGCGCCUCGUUCACUACCAACGGCGACUACCCCGACGAUGACCCAGAUAGCCCGAAGCACAGGCGCAAGGGCAGUCAGGCAUCGAGCUACUUUGGUGGUAACCACGGUGGUGGUGACCAUGAUGCAGGUGCGAGCGUGGUGAGUGAUGAGUGGGGCGAGGAGGGCGCGUUGAGCCUGCGUCGGCAGAAGAGCGAAGCGGAGAUGACAGAGGAUGAUGAACGCAUCGAAGAUUAUGUCCGGGGAGAGCUGACGAAGAUCAAGACGGGCGAAGGGGAGGUUGGCGUUUAUGAGGAUGAGUUUGAGGCGCAGUUGGAUUAG